AUGACCGUCGACGUAUUAGUGGCCCGCUCGGACGAGCUGGACUUGGCAAGUAAUACUUCCGACACAACCAUCAAUGCGACAGUAGUAAAAGAUGAGACCAUUAUUACUCGACCACCACCAACACUGACGCGCUCCUGGUCCUUACCCAACGCUUCCACAAGGAGGACUGAUAACCCCGCGCCACCGGUACUAACACGCGCCUCAUCUUUGCCUGUCAAACUUGUAGAACCAGCUACAGACAUCGACUCUGACAGCUCGUCUGUCUGGACUUGGGCUUGGAGCGAUGAGAUGCAAGGACCGGCCACCAGCAAGCGCUGUGGCACGCGAUGGAUUGCGCGUUUGCUUCCCUUUUUUAUGCUGAUGCUUGUUGGCUAUGCAACAUAUGAUGUUGUGGUUUAUUGCUGCGUCGAGUACUUUAUUCAAGAGAUUAGAAAGACAGCAACCGCCAUCGUCCUCAUUGUCUUCUAUACCAUUUUCUUCAUCCUCAUGGUUGCCGCCUACAUCCGAUGCUACGUAACCAUUCAAUUCAACACUGGCUUUGUGCCCUGGACUGCUGCGAGGGAAGCUGCCGAAUCAGAACGAAACGAGCGAUCAACAAACGGCGGCGACGUCGAAUCACUACAAUGGAGUCCUGCGGAUACGAACCCUGAUAGCCCUGGACUCGAGGCCUUCUACAGCAAGGAUGUAUUCAUAUGUGAGAGUGAUGGGCUGCCCAAAUGGUGUUCCGAGUGUAGGAGUUGGAAACCUGACCGGGCCCAUCAUUCGAGCGAGUACGGCCGAUGUGUCUACAAAAUGGACCACGUAUGCCCUUGGAUGGGAGGCAUCAUCUCGGAAACCUCCUUGCGGUUUGUCUUUCAGAAUAUCACCAAUGUCGACCUGUUCAGGAAGAACCAAACGUUUCGAUUGGCGGUCCGAGUUCCCACCGGUACACGAUCAACAGAUCAAUUCACUACAAUUACCUACCCACUUUCCCCCCCUGGGGACGACUCCAGGGCUCCGGGAACAGCACACUCCAAUGGUGUGGAUCAAUCUGAUGGCGCUGGCUCUAUUGCAACAAAUAGAAUGGCGGCUAGGGACCAACGAGCCAAACGUACAUUCGCCAUUCUACAGACGCAAUCUGGCGAGAACCCUUGGCACGUUGGAUAUCGAAACAACUUCAAGAGUGUCAUGGGAGAAACCAUUUUUGAGUGGUUUCUGCCUCUGCGACAUUCCCCAUGCACCCGUCACGAUAGCAUGGUAAGCGACUACGAGUUUGGGCCUCUGGUGGAGGAACUGAAGAGGCGGUACGGACUUGCUGAGGAGGACGCCGAGAAGGGUGCGAAUGAGACGACGUCGAGUUAG